CCAUAUUUAUCAAUUCUUUUAUUUUUUCUGUUUCAUAAUCAUCCAUCCGCACACCAUUCAAACAAGUUUUUUAUUUUUCCAAUUUCCCAAAUAAUCUUAAUGGAAUGGCUUUGUCUAGGGCUACCAAGGAAUAUAUUCCGAAAGAUGCAGUCGUUAUAACAGAGGACGAAGCCUUGGCAUACCAGUGGAACAUAAUUUCCAAAUGGGAGAAGUUGAGCGAUGUAUGGUCGCUACGUUAUGGGCCGGGUAUACUAUCAGCCAUGGCCACUGGUACCGGUAUUUUCGUUAACAAUCACUAUCGCAACAAGCUGCGUCUUGGCACAUAUGGUAGGUUCUCGACGUAUCUCCCAAUAGUUGUUAUUCCGGCAAUAUUUACGCUCUCGUGCCACAAACUGUUUGUGCAGCGCUCAGUCCUGUUGGAUCCUAUGGGUGAAUGUCCUACAUGUAUACAAAUGAGAGCGAUGACGUUUCAAACUGCCUUUGGAGUCAUUUAUCCCACAAUACUGGCACCUCUAUCGGCUUGUAUGUUUGCUACACGCCAUUUCACCUAUAGAUUACCCUCAAUUACAGAAAAUCCCAAGGAAGUGUUUCAAUUAAUUAGAAAAUUUACCAAGCCCAUUCUUCCGAUACUUAGUGCUAUAUUGUGUAUUCAAGGUUUGACUGCAAUCUAUUUAACGUACGAAGAACAAAAAGAAAAUCUUGUGGUUUUAGCCAAGAUGAAAAAGUUUGAACAAGAAGUCGAGGCAAACUUGGGCAUUUAAAAUACAUUUCUUUAAAAAAGAAAAUGAGCUGUAAAGAUAAUUAUAGAAAAUAAAAACAUGUACAGUAUAUAAAA